AUGUCCACUAAAGCUCCCAUUUACCUGAAGCGGCGGUCCCGGAAGGGCAAGAAGGAGAAACUCCGUGAUCUUCUUUCCUCCGAUAUGAUUAGUCCUCCACUAGGUGACUUCCGUCACACCAUCCACAUCGGGAGCAGUGGUGGAGCUGACGACCUCUUUGGCGACCUCUCCUUCCUGCAGGGAAAGUUCCACCUGUUACCUGGGCAACAGGGGGAUGAGUUCCAGUUCAGCCGCACAGCCAGCGUCAGCAGGCAUCCACCCUCCACUGAGAGCUCUCCACUCCUGAAAAAUGCUCUCUCACUCCCUGUCAUUGGAGGUGUACAAGCUCUCACCCUGCCUGUCUCCACCCAGAAUCCUACUCCUGUCCCCGCCUCCACUCCCAUCCACACUUCCCCCAACCUACAAGCCCCUCCUCCCAAACCUCCCAGACUGCACCUGGAAGAUCGGACCUUAGGCCCUCAGGGCACCUGCUCAACCCCGUCCUGUCUACCCUCCCCGCCGAAAAAUUCGACCCCCCAUGUCAGCUCUCCGGACCCUGAGGACGGGGGGCGCAAUCAAGACACGGCACAGGACGAGGAGAGUACGCAGGAGAAACCUUACCUAUCCCACGCCGGGUCCUUACUUUCCCUCCAUCUGGACCUGGGCCCCUCUAUACUGGAGGAGGUGCUGCAGAUCAUGGAUAGCCAGAAGAUUGGAGGGCUUAAUGGUGGUUUCACAUCCGGGGGACGACAGGAGAUCUACACCUGA